GGAGCCCUGCCCGCUCCGGGAGGGGCGGCGGCGGCGGCGGGGGGGGCGCGCGCGGGGCGCGGGCGGCGGCGGCGGCGCACACGCGCUAUAAAGGGGCGAGCCCGGCGCGCCGGCGGAGACGCCGCCAAAGUUUGCCGCGUGCGCCCGGCUCGGCGGCCGCCGCGGCCCCGCACCGGCCCGCCGCGCCGCAGCCAGGCCGAGCCGCGGGCGCCGGACGCGGGCGCCGCGCGCGAUGCGAGGCGGCGCCGGGCGGCCGCGCGCGCCCCGUCCGCGGGCGCCGCCGGCCCCUCCUGCCCCGCGCGGCCGCUAAUUGCCGGCGCGGCCUCAUUUGCAUAGCGCCGGGUCCGCUGGAGAGCGGCCAAUCGGCGCGCCCGGGCUAAUGGCCGCGCAUUAUUCACCCGCCUAAUUGCUCGGCCCCAUGCGCGGCCCGCGCAGCCGCCGCCGCCGCCCGCGCCCCGCGCCCCGCGCCCCGCGCCCCGCGCCGUCGCCGCCGGCCGCCCCGCCGAUGCCGCGGCCCCGCUAGCAGCAUGUCUCGGCGCAAGCAGGCCAAGCCCCAGCACCUCAGGUCGGACGAGGAGCUGCCGCCGCCGGACGGGGCUCCGGAGCACGCCGCAGGCGCAGCCGCGGGCCCCGGGGAGGCGGCGGACGAGGCGGACAGCGGCACGGACAGCCGCAGCGGCAGCGAGGAGACCAGCGUGUGCGCGCAGUGCUGCGCCGAGUUCUUCAAGUGGGCCGACUUCCUGCAGCACAAGCGCAGCUGCGCCAAGAACCCGCUGGUGCUCAUCGUGCACGAGGAUGAGCCCGCGCCGCCCGCCGAAGACUUUCCGGAACCUUCCCCGGCCAGCUCGCCCGGGGAGCCGGCCGACGGCGAGGCGGCCGAGGAGCCGGCGCCGGCCGAGGGCAGCGCGGGUGGCGAGGCGCGCGCGGCGAGCGCGGGGCCGGACGCGGAGCCCAUGGAGGUGGCGCCCCCCGGGGAGCCGGGCCCCGCGCCCCCCGCGGCCCCCGCGCCCGCCGAGCCGGGCCCCGCGGCCGCCUACCGCCUGCCCAGCACCAACGUGACGCUGGAGACGCUGCUGAGCACCAAGGUGGCCGUGGCGCAGUUCUCGCAGCCGGCGCGCGUGGCGGGCGCGGCGGGCGCGGGGGGCCCGGGGGCGGCGGGCGCGCUGCCGCUCAUCCUGGAGCAGCUGCUGGCGCUGCAGCAGCAGCAGAUCCACCAGCUGCAGCUCAUCGAGCAGAUCCGCAGUCAGGUGGCGCUCAUGCACCGCCCGGGACCCCGGCCCGCGCCCGCGCCCGGCCCGCUGCAGGGCCUGGCCGCCGCCCCCUCGGGCGCGGGCCCGCCCCCCGCCGCCGCGCCCGCGGCCCCCGCUGCCGCCUUCGAGGGGCCCGCGCCGCCGGGCCCGCCACCCCCGGCCCCGGCCGGGCCCGGGACCCCGCAGGCCCCGGGUGGGGGCCCCGAGCCCGGCACCGCGCCCCCCGCGGCCUCCCUGGGGGCGCCCGCCGCACCCGCGGCCCCGGGCCCCGCACCCCCGCCCGGCGCCGCCACGCCCCCCGCCCUGGGGCCCGCGCCCCUGCUACCUCAGACCUCGGCCAGCAGCGUCAUCUUCCCCAACCCGCUGGUCAGCAUCGCCGCCACGGCUAACGCGCUGGACCCGCUGGCGGCACUCCUGAAGCACCGCAAGGGCAAGCCCCCGAACGUGUCGGUGUUCGAGCCCAAGGCCAGCGCCGAGGACCCCUUCUUCAAGCACAAGUGCCGCUUCUGCGCCAAGGUGUUCGGCAGCGACAGCGCCCUGCAGAUCCACCUGCGCUCCCACACGGGCGAGCGGCCCUUCAAGUGCAACGUCUGCGGCAACCGCUUCUCCACCAAGGGCAACCUCAAGGUGCACUUCCAGCGGCACAAGGAGAAGUACCCGCACAUCCAGAUGAACCCCUACCCCGUCCCCGAGUACCUCGACAACGUGCCCACCUGCUCCGGCAUUCCCUAUGGCAUGUCGCUGCCCCCGGAGAAGCCCGUGACCACCUGGCUGGACAGCAAGCCGGCCCUGCCCACGGUGCCCACGUCGGCGGGACUGCAGCUCCCGCCCGCCGUGCCGGGGACCAGCGGCUUCUCCGACUCGCCCAGCCUCACCCCGGCCAACCGCUCCCCGCAGCGGCCCUCUCCCGCCUCCAGCGAGUGCCCCUCCCUGUCCCCCGGCCUCAACAGCUCCGAGUCGGGCCUGGCCGGGCCCGCUGAGUCCCCGCAGCCAGGCCUCCCGCAGCCGGGGCUCGGCGGGCCCUCGCUGCCCAAGGCAGAGCCCCCGGGCCUGGCCGGCAGCUGCGCCAGAGCCGGCGACGGGCCGGCGGGCGGCGCCCUCGCCACCCUCGCGGAGGGUGGCCAGGCCCCGGGCCUCUGCAGCCCCGUCCCGCCCGCGGGCUCCGAGCCCUUCAAGGCCAAGUUCCCCUUUGGUGGGCUGCUGGACUCCAUGCAGACCUCGGAGACCUCGAAGCUGCAGCAGCUGGUGGAGAACAUCGACAAGAAGAUGACGGACCCCAACCAGUGCGUCAUCUGCCACCGCGUGCUGAGCUGCCAGAGCGCGCUCAAGAUGCACUACCGCACGCACACGGGCGAGCGGCCCUUCAAGUGCAAGAUCUGCGGGCGUGCCUUCACCACCAAGGGCAACCUGAAGACGCACUUCGGGGUGCACCGCGCCAAGCCGCCCCUGCGCGUGCAGCACUCCUGCCCCAUCUGCCAGAAGAAGUUCACCAACGCCGUGGUGCUGCAGCAGCACAUCCGCAUGCACAUGGGCGGCCAGAUCCCCAACACGCCGCUGCCCGACGGCCUCCAGGACGCCAUGGACGCCGAGCUCGCCUUCGACGACAAGGCGGCCGAGGGCCUGGGCGGCUUCGAUGAGGACCUGGACGAGAACUCCAUGGAGGAGGACGCCGAGGCCCGGGAGGCGGGCGCCGACCCGUCCAAGCCGCUCCUGGCCUUCGCCGCCGGCUCCUGCCCGCCCUCGCCCCCCUCGGUCAUCUCCAGCAUCGCGGCCCUGGAGAACCAGAUGAAGAUGAUGGACUCGGUGAUGAACUGCCCGCAGCUGCGCGCCCUCAAGUCCGUGGAGAACGGCUCGGGCGACAGCGACCGGCUGAGCAACGACUCCUCGUCGUCGGCCGUCGGCGACCUGGAGAGCCGCAGCGCGGGCAGCCCGGCCCUGUCCGAGUCCUCGUCCUCCACGCAGGCCCCAUCCCCCGCCCACAGCAACGGCGAGAGCCUGCCGUCCAAGUCCCCGGCCCUGGGCCAGGGGGAGCCGCCGGACCUGCCGCUCAAGACCGAGCGGCCGGACAGCCCCGCUCCCGGGCCCGAGAACGGAGGCGCGCUGGACCUGACCGCCGUGCACCCGGGCCGGGCGUCCGUCAAGGAGGAGCCCCCGUUUGGCCUGCUGUUCCUGAGCCGGGAGCGGGGUAAGUGCGCGCGCAGCGUGUGCGGGGUCUGUGGCAAGCCCUUCGCGUGCAGGAGCGCGCUGCAGAUUCACCUGCGUAGCCACACCCGGGAGCGGCCGUUCGUCUGCGCGGUGUGCAGGCGCGGCUGCUCCACCCUGGGGAAUCUGAAGCAGCACCUGCUCACCCACAGGUGGAAGGCUGCUCAGGCCCCUCACCUCGGCUUUGCCCUAGGUCCCGGCCAGAGCGCCCCUAGCCUGCUCGGCAGCGCGGCGCCCGCCGCCGUCAAAAUGGAAGUGAACGGGCACGGCAAGCCCCUGGCGCUGGGCGAGGGCCCGCCGCUGCCCGCGGGCGUGCAGGUGCCCGCGGGGCCGCAGGCCGGGAUGAGCCCCGGGCUGGCGCCCAUGCUGGCGCCCCCGCCGCGCCGCGCCCCCAAGCAGCACAACUGCCAGUCGUGCGGGAAGACCUUCUCGUCGGCCAGCGCCCUGCAGAUCCACGAGCGCACCCACACCGGGGAGAAGCCGUUCGGCUGCACCAUCUGCGGCAGGGCCUUCACCACCAAGGGGAACCUCAAGGUACACAUGGGCACGCACAUGUGGAACAACGCCCCUGCCCGCCGUGGCCGCCGCCUGUCUGUGGAGAACCCCAUGGCGCUGCUGGGCGGGGACGCCCUCCGGUUCUCGGAGAUGCUGCAGAAGGACCUGGCGGUGCGUGCCAUGAACGCAGACCCCAGCUUCUGGAACCAGUACGCCGCCGCCAUCACCAACGGGCUGGCCAUGAAGAACAACGAGAUCUCCGUCAUCCAGAACGGGGGCCUCCCCCAGCUGCCCGUGAGUCUGGGGGGCAGCGCUCUCCCUGCCCUGGGCUCACUGACUGCUGGCUUGGACAAGUCACGCGCCGGCGGGAGCCCACCCCUGGCCAGCCUGGACAAAGCAGGUUCUGAGACGGGGGCCAGCCGGCCCUUUGCCCGCUUCAUCGAGGAUAACAAAGAGAUUGGCAUUAACUAGUAUGGCCAACGUCUGUCCCGUGGCUGGCCACUGUGAAGUGUGGCCAGGCCGAGCUGCCGGCGGGGGCCUCCCUCCAGUGGGCCCCGCAGAAACGCACUUGUCCUGUGGCUGCGGCUGGCCUCGGCAGCCUGCCCGGCACGUCUGCACCGUGACCUUGAGUGUCCGUGGGGACGCUGCCACGCUGUGUGCG